AUGGAGAAUCGUCUUCAAAUGGAGGUUGCAAAGGUUAGCAUGCUUAACGAUCUUGAUACAUUCUCAAACAACUAUUCGAUUAGAGUGAAGAUUGUUAGCAUGUCGAAGAAGAUGGUGAAUGAUAACAAAAAUGAAAUAUAUUGUCUUGAUAUGAUCUUCAUGGAUGAGAUGGGAACCAUGAUACAAGCCAGCUGUCUGCAUAAGAUGCUAGGAAAAUUCAAAGACCUCCUUCAGUUGGAUGAAUGUCUUCUUAUCACCAAACCGUCUCUUGCUGCUAAUAAGUCCUCUGCUAAGUAUACCAAGAGAAAUGACAAAAUAUCAUUGUAUUUUUAUACUUCUGUUGAGAAAUGCCUUGACUGGUCUGGACCGAAAUACCGUUUUAAUUUCGUUAACCUCAAGGAUGUUGUUAAAAAUAAAAUUGAAGUUAAUACAGUUAUUGGUAUAUUGGAUUGGUUAUGUGGAGUAUGUUUCAAUCUAGAGGAUACAUCAAAGAAGGAUGUGAGUAAGGGCAAGGGACUUAAUCUAAGAGUUAAAGACCUUGAAGGCCAAAAGUGUCCGGUUACUUUAUGGGAUGGUUUUGCUAUUGACAUGUUUGCUUACAUGAAUGAUAAGAAACGAAAGAAAUAUGUUGUUAUCCUUUGUCAUUUUGGUAUGGUCAACCUUUACAAAGGCAAGCGUGGAGUUGCAAACGGGUUUGAGCUUAGCAGACUUUUUAUCGACACUGACAUUGAAGAGAUAUCCUCUUUUAGGAAGAGGUAUGUAGAGAAAAUUUCUUCUUCAUCUUCAUCAAAUGAGCAUGUUGGUUCAAACGUUAUCUCAAGUGUUGAAGAUGAGUUUCUUAAUAACCUUGAUUUCAUGCUUAUUGGUUUCCUUGGAACCAUAUCAACGACAAAGAAGGUUUUGGUUCUUGGCACAAUCACAGCUAUAUGCACUGAUAAACUUUGGUAUUACAAUGUUUGUAACCACUGUAAGUCGGGUGUGGAGGAAAGAUUUGUAACGAAAGAAAAUGCGGAUGGUUCAUUUAAUGUUGAUCAUGCAAAAUCUUUGUUAAAGCAUGAGCAGUCCGAAUCGUUGGAUGUUCCAGAUUCCUACAGUUUGUCUACUCCUGUUGACCUUAUGAAGGAUUAG